AUGUGGCCGUCGUCCUGGUUCUGCUCGUGGCCGUGGGGGUGGGGCGCCGCCGUGCUGGUGGGCGCGGCGUGCCUGUGCGCGCACGCGGCGGCGGAGGCGCUGUGGCUGCGGCCCCGGCGCCUGGAGCGGCACUUCGCCCGGCAGGGCGUGCGCGGCCCCGGGUACAGCUUCUUCGUGGGCAGCUCCAUCGAGCUGGUGAGGCUGAUGCUGGACGCGUCGUCCCGCCCCAUGGCGCCGCCGGACUCCCACGACGUCCUCCCCCGGGUCCUCGCCUUCUACCACCAUUGGAGGAAGCUCUACGGUCCGAAGCAUCUGAUCUGGUUCGGGACCAAGGCGAGGCUGACGAUCAGCGCGCCGGAGCUGGUCCGGGAGGUGCUGCUGACGCGGGCGGAGCACUUCGACAGGUACGAGGCGCACCCGCUCAUCUGCCAGUUCGAGGGCUACGGCCUCGGCAACCUCCGGGGCGACCACUGGGCGCGCCACCGCCGCGUCCUCUCCCCGGCGUUCCACACCGAGAACCUCAAGCUGCUCGUGCCCUUCAUCGCCGCCACCAUGCGCCGGAUGCUCGACGAGCUCGCGGCGAAGGCCGCCGGCACUGGCGCCGGCGAGGCGGAGGUGGACGUGGCCGAGUGGUUCCAGCGCGUGCCGCAGGAGGUGAUCACCUUCGCCACCUUCGGGCGCCGGAACUACGAGGACGGCAGGGUGGUGUUCGAGCUCCAGGACGAGCUCGCCGGCCUCGCCGCCGACGCGCACAGCAAGGUGUACAUCCCCGGGUACCGCUUCCUGCCGCUGAGGAGGAACCUGCGCGUGUGGCACCUGGUCAGGGAGAUCAGGAAGGGCCUGGCCGCCUUCAUCGCCAACCUGCCCAAGGAUGGUCACGACGACGAGCAGCGGCGGGACGGCGGCGGCGGCGGCAUGAGGGACCUGAUGAGCUUCAUGACGCCGGCCAUGACGACGGAGGAGAUCAUCGAGGAGAGCAAGAACUUCUUCUUCGCCGGGAAGGAGACGCUCGUCAGCCUCCUCACCUGGGCCACCGUCGCCCUCGCCAUGCACCCGGAGUGGCAGGACCGCGCCCGCCAGGAGGUCCUCGCCGUCGUCGGCCGCGACGACCUCCCCACCAAAGACCACCUCCCCAAGCUCAAAACCGUGGGGAUGAUCGUGAACGAGACGCUGAGGCUGUACCCGCCGGCGGUGGCGAUGAUCCGGACGGCGAACCGGGACGUGGAGCUGGGCGGGUGCGUGGUGCCGGCGGGCACGGAGCUCCUCAUCCCGAUCCUGGCGGUGCACCACGACGAGGAGCACUGGGGCGCCGACGCGGCAGAGUUCAACCCGGCGCGCUUCGGCGACGACCGGCGGCUGCGGCACCAGAUGGCGUUCAUGCCGUUCGGCGGCGGCGAGCGGGUGUGCAUCGGGCAGAACCUGGCGCUGAUCGAGGCCAAGGUGGCGCUGGCCGUCGUGCUGCAGCGGUUCGCCUUCCGCCUGUCGCCGGCGUACGUGCACGCGCCCAGGGUGCUCAUGAUACUCAACCCGCAGUACGGCGCGCCGGUCAUCUUCCGGCCGCUGUGA